AGGUUCGUAAGAGAAAUGAAAAAGACUCAAGUUGCGACCUGGAGUGCCACCGUUUGCAGUACGCCGCCUUGAUGAAUAUCGUGAGCCUCCUGCAAAAGUGUUACGGACUCCAACUGGCCGUCAACGUCUUCUUCCUGAUCGUCGAGACGAUCAUCACGCUUUUCAUUUUCAUCGUGAUAUCCAAGGGACAAAAUGUAUUUCUUCUCGACCUGUCCAUUUACAAUUUCUGCUCUGCUGGAGUUUUCAUUUUCUUCAUGGACCGCAUUGAACGAAAGUCCGAGCACGUACUCGAGGAGCUCUCGAACAUGGAUCUCAACUCCAAGUCUCGAUCGCACCAAAUGCAGGUUCAGUUGUUUGUGUCGCAAAUCCAGGCACGUCCACUGCAAAUUUCUGCUUCAGGAUUUUGUACUGUUAAUAAUUCUUUAAUCGGCUCCCUAUUUGGGCAGAUCGCAACGUAUCUUAUCGUCUUGAUACAGUUCUUCCCGUACGUGCUGAAAAUCGCGGGCAAUAAUUCUACAUUAUGUGACCGAGAAGGCCCAGAAAUUUUGUCUAAUGAUCAGUACUUCUAUGUGGUCCCUCGUUGA